AUGGAGAUUCUUCCAAUCCUAGAGGCUAAGGCGUCUCCAAAACCUAAUGUAUGGUACGUUCUCUCUCCGGAGGGAGAUGGUCCAUGCAUUAGAGUAGGCCAUACUUGUACAUUUGUGGCUGAUGAAUCCAGACGUGUUUUAGUGAUCGGAGGAGCAAACCCUGAUGGAUCUUUUGCUGAUGUGUUUGUCUUGGAUCUAGGUGUGUUCUUAUAAAAAGUGUAUUCUUCUUGCUUAAUAUACAAUUUAUCGACUUAGAUAAUGGUUUGGGGAGAUAACUAUCGUCUGGGAGAAACGGUUACCAUGGAGACUUGACUGACAGAUGUCAAACGUACGCUGUUAUCGCUUCACCCGACAUUUAUAUAGCAGAUCAGUAGCCUGCAGCUGGUUGUUGUUUUUUUUUUGGCUCAAUAUAUUGUUUUUUUUGGUUCAUAAAAAGGAGGAGAUUCACUACUUGAAAGCUGAACCGAGGACAAAUAAGAAAACAAUGGGUGGCAUAAAUAGCUAAUCAAUAGCGAAUCAUCAGCUGUUUAAUAUUUAAUAUUACUGUCACCAAAAGUAACGAGUGACUAGUGAAAGUAACGAGUGACUAAUUUACUACAGCUAACAAAUUUUUCUGGCUUAUUUUGUCUCAUAAUGUCAUUGAUUAAUCAUUUGUGUUAUUCACAACUUUUUGAUUACCUUCUGCAUUACUGGUCGACUAGCCUGCAGAGUGUGGCAGAACUCAAGGAGAUCCUGCAUGAGCAGACCCAUUUUGUACUGAGCCUAAUUUUAACAAAAAGACUGAUGCAUGCACUUGCCAUACUCGGCAGACUGGCUCAUUGAUUUUAUGCUCACAGAUUACUUAUGUUAUUUCACUGCUUUACCUUUUGGAAUUUCCAGUUUUUUAACUAUGAAAUGUAAGGUGUUGUUAGGCUGAGCGAUGCCGCCAUAGUUUUCACACAAGAUAACUUACCACUUAAGUAGAAGUAACAACACUGAUUUUAUUUGUAUUGGUAAAUCAUAUUUAUACACAUUAUUAUUAAGGCGUUCCUUAAGCAGAUCUACGUAGCAAACCAAGAGAACAUUUUUGGCACAUAACACUCAAGCAAUAAUGAAAGCGGCGGAUUACACUGCGGUUUAUACUGAGACUAUUAUACGUAAUGGUGAUAAUAAGAUAAUAUGUGAUAUCAGAGCACGUAUUCUAACAGUGUGAUAUUUUCUUUCCUCUAUUUUUUUGGUGCAUUAGAAAAGGAUGAGUGGAGCUGUCCAGAGUGGAAGGGCAUCACCAGUCGUUAUGAGCACUCGGCAUUCAUUCCUGAGUGUAAUCCUCAGAGGGUUUAUGUAUUUGGUGGAGCUCAGCAAGCUACAAACUUGAACGGUGUUCAAUUUCUUGAUUUAGGUAACGUGAGUAUUUUGUAUAGUCAUGUUCAAUAGUCACAUAGUGUACAUGUACGUCAAUAGACACUGUAGGUUAAGAAGCUGGGAAAAGAUUCAAAAUCAGCCUUAGAUCAGCAUACUGUAAGCCACUGGAUUGUGAGGGAGGGUUUAUAGUUAUGGUAAUAUCAAUUGUGUUUUUCUCAUUUAAAGAAUUAGCAACUGUUUUAGUAAUAAAUUGAGGUGUACCAGCAUGUAUUAACCCAUUUGCCCCUGAACCACUCAUUACCACACUUGUGGAUCCAUGUCCCUUGUUCCCCUUGUGACAUUAUCAGUUUUAAUUUUGUCAUUUAAUGGCCUGUUUACAUGGAGGUGGGGGACCCCAGAUAGGUGAGGAAACAUGUGGCAGAUCACCCCACCUAUCACAUAAACGUGAUCAAAUUAAAGUGAGAGAUUAUAUGGACAGGCGGGUUACCUCACCUACCUGGGGUCCCCCACCUCCAUGUAAACAGGUCCUAACUUGCACAGGGGGAAGAGAUUUUUCAAAGAUAGGAGAAUGAGAAUGAUUCGGUCAAGAAGGCCAGAGAAAAAGGUAUAAAACCAUAAAAAGUUGAACCAAAAUUCAAAUGAAAAUCUUCUUCCACCACCCACCUGCACUUCCUUCCCGAAAGAGGAGAGAAGGAGGGAAAGUAAAAGGUAAAAGUUGAGACUGCGUUGCCACUUAGCAUCCAAGAAUUAUUAUUACUUUGUGCACAUGCUAGAACUUUAGAGGCCAAUAUUUAGCAUCUGGAACAGAAGGCCUCAGAGUUCUUCUCGUGUAAAUGGCAUGUUUAGGUUCUUUAUAGCCAGACAGCGACCAGGAAAAUGGUUUGACUAGCUUCAAAACCCAUUUUUGGGCAAAAUCCGAGGGAUGAAUAAGUACCGUUUAGCAAUUAUUUACAAAAUUAUCUUUCAGAGAAAGGCCAAUGGGAAACAGUUGAGACAACAGGGAACCCACCUUCUCCAAGAACGUGUCAUUCUAUGGCAUCAGUAGGCAGCAAGUUUUAUGUGUUUGGAGGUGGAUUAAGUGGCCCUGAUCCUGUGCCAGAUACCACUUUGCAUGUCUUUAAUGCUGGUAAGAUGUACCAUCAUGACUGAAACUAGUAAUAUGUUUCACGUUAUUCUCCAUAUAAUGAUCUCCUUUUCUACUCCAGGUCAUUCUCAUUCAGUGAGAAAAAUGUGUUUAAAAAUCAAGACAUAAUUGAAAUAAACUACAUGUAGUGAUAACAUUUAAUACAGUGGUCAUAGUCAGUUGUAAAGGGUGAUCAAAUGAAACUUCCAUUAAGCAGACACCCUCGGGGUACUGGCAAGUAGCUGUUCAGGAGAGGUUUGUCAUUAAUCGGCAUCAUCUUUAGCAGAAACAUAACUUUAUUUUAAAACAAACAUGUGAUGGAAGAGGUCCAUGAUCAGUUGUCACCUUCAAUCUUGGACUGUAUUCUCCUUCAUCAUAUUCUUAAAAAGAGGAUAAACUAAGCGUAUCAAGACUUGAUACCCUUAGUGCUUGAUGGUCACUUGAUAGAGGUGACAGCAAUGGGACAACUCUGAUUGGGAUGGCCAAAAAGUGACCGGAGUUGUUUAAUUAAAUAGAGGUUUAAUUUGAAUUUUUCUAUUAUUUUGGGAUUUCUGGCCACUUACAUGUAAUAGAGGGUGGCGUCUUAAGGGAGGUUUGACUGUACCACUUUAAGACGGAAUCCACCGGGAAAUUGAGUAAUUUAAAUUUUCAGUGGACAAAGCCUUGUACCAGGAUAAUUUAAACAACAUCACAUUCUUUUUUACAUUUUCAAGGGCUAUAGAUAUAAUUAGUUAUCUGUAAUAGCAUCAAAGACUAUUUCUAAUGGGAGCCCAAGAAAAUAAAUGUCAAAUUCCACAAGAAUUCUGAAAACAUACAAUGUAGGUAAAAUUCUGAAAAUUUCAUGUGUAAGAUGUUGGUGUUUUUUUUAAUUUGACUUCUUUUUUCUCGGGCUCUCAUAAGAAAUUUUCUUUGGUGCAUGUUAUUACAGAUAACUGAAUACAUCUAUAGCCCUUGAAAAAUGUAAAAAAGAAUGCGAUAUUGUGUAAAAUACUCUGGUACAAGGUUUUGUCUACUAAAAAUUGGAAUUACUCAAUUUCUUGAUGGAUUCUGUGUUAAUACUAAUCAAGUUCAGAUUUACAGUAUAGCCCAUACGUGAAGCAUGCAGGCCAUAAAUACAUUAAAAGUGGGAAAAAAAACAAAAAAUUUUUCCAUUUUCUGUUACCAAUAACGUAACUUUGUGCACUUAAAGUGGCACUGAAGGGCUGAUUCAAUUGAAUGCUGAAGCUGAUCUGUGGCACUGAUCAACAAAUCUUAACCAAUGUUUAUAAGCAAUCAGAAAAAAGGAAUUUAUGGUAUUGAAGUUCUACUUUAAAUGGUCAAUCUUCAAACAAAACAAUUGUUCUAUUUGCAUGUGCAGAGGACAACAGUUGGAGUCAGCCUGAAGUGAAGGGCAGCCCACCUUGUUCCCGUCACGGUCAUGUGUCGGUUGCAAUUGGAACAGAUAUUUAUGUUCAUGGUGGAAUGGCUGGAACAGAUAUGUUUGAUGAUCUUUACAGAUUUAACACUGGUAUGCCAACCAGACUUGUUGCAAAAGUCAUAACAUUAUUACACCUUCUGCCCAAAAUAAAAUAUUUAAAACAAGAGUGAUUAAAACUGAGAUAAAAAAUGAUAUUACAGUACUGUGUAAUAUAUUUUUGAACAAUAACUGCCUCAUUUCUGCCAGACUGAUACAAAUACAUGUAAAUGGCAAGAAGAGCAUUCACUGCAAAACACAGACUGGAGACCCUAAAAACCGUAGUCCGCAGUCAGUCUGCAGUCUUCAAUUUACACUGCCCCAAAGAGUGCAUCAUGGGAUAUCCAUGGGAUAUCCACAGUAUUUUCUGUGUGCAAGGAGUCGAGGGUAUGCAGGGACAAGUCAGAAAAAACAGUGGAUGUAUUCAGAGCUUUAGGUAACAGAAAGGAGAAGUGUGACAUCAGAUUACCAUGGUAGCAAAAUUUCAGGAUCUCAACAAUUGUUCUUGACAGACAGGACCAUCUGCAUCGUCGAACAAUGGAUGAAAAGUAUGGGCUAUGGUUUUGUUCCUGCUGCAGUCAUGUACAGGAACAUUAUACACGUCAUUUUUUCCAUUAUUUGCAGGACCACGUUUGCUUAGAUCCAGAAAUUUUGCUACCAUGGCAAUGUGACACAACAACUUCUCUUACAGAUACACCGUACAAAGAGCCAGUAGAGCCAAAACCAGUGAGUCAUGGAUGCCUCAGCUUUGGAUGAGAACCCAGAUUGGUUACUAACUGUUAAGCAAAACUGAAUAAACUUGUUAUAAUCUUUUUGCCUCUUGUCUUACUAGUUAAUCACACAUGGAGCAAACUCCAGCCAACAGGCCAAGCCCCAUGCUCAAGAACAGCCCAUGCUGCAGCAUGCAUUGGACGGAAGAUUAUCAUUCAUGGUGGAAUGAAUUCAGUUGGUGCUGCUCUUGAUGAUGUGCAUACGUUGGAUACAGGUUAAUAAUACUGUGGUAAAGUUUAUUGGCCUUUGUCUGAACUAAGUCCAAGUCUUUCCUCAGUAUGCAGUCACUGUUGCUGUUGUUUUGUUUUAUAAUAAAAAUUAUAAUUAUAUAGCCAAAUAGCCACUAAAUCACAAACAUUUUCCAAAUUCAAGCAGCAACAUCUGGCUGGGUAUUAUCAUCCAACACUUGCAGACUGUGGGUAUUCUCUACUGUCUGAAAUUAGCCCAAUACGGCUUCCAAAAAAAUUAAUUACUUUUAGUUCAGUGAAUUGACUUGACCUUUAGGCUAAUCCAUUUUGGCAGUGUUACGUACAUUAAUAUUAUCAUUAAACUCUAAUUAUCAUUGCUUCUUAUAGAAACCUUGACGUGGACAAGAGCACAAAUAAAAGGACCUAGUCCGGCUCCACGACUUGACCACACACUUUGUGCUGUUGAGAUUCCAAUAUCAACAGGUAACUGCUGUACCGAACUUGUGGAGCACAAAAUCAUCAUCCACUCGUACAUUUCCUCUCUGACCGAUCUCAACAAAAGGUGAUUUUGCACUACUCUCUUUUACAGCUACUCUGAUUUCAAAUGUCAAUCAAAAAAGGAUAACACUAAUACGAUACUAAAAGAGUCAGAUCGGGUUUAAAUGAGUGUCACGACAUUUCCGGUCACGUUCCGGUCACUGCUAACAAAUUUUAAAAAAUCCUGUCCGAAAAUAAUAGCUCAAUUUAUUUGCUCUAUUUAUUUUCACUUCUAGGUGAUGGUGUAUCUUCACAGGCUAAAACAGAUGGUAGUCUUCCAGUUCUGUUGGUGUUUGGUGGAAUGGACACACAGGGAGAAAUUUUUAAUGACUGUUUAGUGCUGAUGUCAGAAAAUAGUAAUAAAACAUCCAUUAAAUAAGUAAAAUUUGAAAUUGUUAUUGGUUAACGUGUUUGUCCAUAGUAAAUGCUUCUCUUUACUGUUAGGCCUAGGUGAUAAAAGACCGUACAUGUGGAUUAAGUUACAUGUAUAAAGUAGGGAA